AUGGUGAGAAAGCUUAAAGAUGAGCAGAUGCCUCGCCCUACGAUGUCAGAGUCAGAUGAAAAGCUGGUAAUAGCUUUGGACUUCGGAACCACCUACUCUGGUGUUGCAUUUUGUUUUGCAAAUCAGGACAACACGAAGCCAGCGGCAAUCAUGGACUGGCCAGGAGAUCACGGGAUAUCCGUACCAAAAAUUCCUACCGUUGUUGCCUAUGGCAAACAACCACACGGUUUUUUUAAAUGGGGAGCAUCUGUUGCAGAGCUCGAUACUGGCAUUAUCGGUAUCAAGCUCCUCCUUGACCCAGAGCAGGAGAGACCAACAUAUCUACCUUCCACCAAUGCUCAAAGAGAUAUAAGAAUGCUUCCCAAGCAGCCUGUGGAAAUCGCUGCGGAUUUUAUGGGAGCAAUCUACAAGCAUGCCUUGGACGAAAUUUCCAAGACUGUGCCCAAAGCAUAUAUGGAUCUAUGCUCCAAAGAGUUUGUGCUUUCUGUCCCGGCUGUUUGGUCCGAUGCUGCCAAAAAUGCUACACUAUUGGCUGCAAAAAGAGCUGGGAUUCACCCUGUAACGCUCAUCAAAGAACCCGAGGCUGCCGCAUUGCAUACUGUGAAGACUCUAGACUUCUCCAUCAAAAAGGGUGAUGCGUUUGUAGUUUGCGAUGCUGGAGGCGGCACAGUCGACCUUAUCUCAUACGAGGUGCACCAGGUCGUACCAAAUCUGCAAGUGAAAGAAAUAGUUCCAGGGACAGGAGGAAUGGCUGGGUCUAUGGGUCUGAAUCAGCGCUUUGCUCAAGCCGUGCAGAACCUCAUUGGCGAUGAGCAGUGGUUCCCUUUAAAGAAAAGCAAGGCUUGGGCUAUCGCCCAGAGGCAAUUUGAUCAGGAGGUUAAAAAAGCCUUCAGAGGCGAUCCUGACGAAGAAUAUUUUGUCAACUUCCCCAUGGCUGAUCUUGAGGAUGAUCCGCAAAGCGGCCUGGUGUCUAACACUUGGAGGAUGACAGGGUCUGAUCUUGCUCGGAUUUUCAAUCCCCUUAUAGAAGAUGUUUUAAAGCUUAUAGAGCUCCAAGUGCAGGCAUCAAAACUCAAACGCCCCGGAACGGGUGUUUCAGGAAUCAUGCUGGUCGGUGGUUUCGGCAGCAGUCGUUACCUCAUGCUACGUGCCAAGAGCCGUUUCCCAGAUAUUCAAGUUCUUCAGCCACAAGACGCAUGGGCUGCUAUUGUGAAAGGUGCUGUGCUCUCCAAAAUUCCUGGCCAGGCCAGCGUGAUGAGCACCUCAUCAACCAAACACUACGGUACUUCGAUGGACGCUCUGUACUCUUCAGCCAAAGACUGGGGCCAGCCAACGUUUAUCCGCCGAGAUGGAUCGACUGGUGUGGAGAAAAUGGCUUGGUUCAUAAAUAAAGGAGAAGAUAUCCAGCGAGACCACAAAAUCAAGUUUUCCUUCUUCAGAACUCUCGAAAAGGGAUACACGAAUCCAGAACUUAUUUUUCGUGAUAAACUUUACGAAUGUCAAGAUAGUUUGGCCCCGAUCUAUCCAUCCGCAGCCAGAAAUAUGCGGGAGAAUUGCUCAGUGCGAGCUGACCUUACUAGCAUACCCAAGUCUUAUCUUAUCAAAAAGAAAGACCCGCAUGGAGUGGCCUACUACGAAGUGCACUACAAUCUUGUAAUCUCUCUGGAGUCUGCAAUCAUGACAUUUUCUCUAGAAGUCGAUGGUAAAACCAUGGGAUCCGUCAACGUCGACUAUAAAUAA